CGCGGGUGUUUCUCUGCUCUCGCCUCCUUCUCCCUCGCUCCCCUCCUCCUCCCCCUCCCCUGCAGACAGGUAGGAUGAGCGCGAGCAGCGGCGCGCGCCGUGUGUCUCUCUCUCCGUCCUCCUCCUCCUCCGCUAGCAACUGAGGGGAGUGCGGGCUCGGAGGCAGCGGCGGCGGCGGCGAAGGGUCGCGUGCCCUGCAGCGGUAGAGCUUGGCUAGGGGGGGAAGCAGCAAAGAGGCUCCCUCAUGCAGGCGGGCAGCUCUCAGACCGUUGCAAUCCCGAUGCCCUUUGCGGAUGAAAGAUGUAUCAUGGAAUGAACCCGAGCAGCGGGGAUCCGUUCCUAGAGAAGCGGCGGCGGCAGCAUCAGCCACCGCCGCCACCACCGCCACCGCCCCCGCUGCUUCAGCGCUCGCAGUCCAGACUCUCUCUGGUGGUCCUGUGGUUCCAGCUGGCUCUGUGCUUUGGCCCCGCGCAGAUCACAGGCGGUUUUGAUGAACUCCAUGCCUGUGCUGAUCCUGGAUUCCCUGAAUAUGGAUAUAAGAUGCCUGGCGCAGGUGUUUUCUUUGAAAGUUCAGUAGUCCGGUUCCAUUGCCAAGAAGGAUACAGGCUUAAGGGCCCAUCCAAAAAGCUUUGUGAGAGACAUUUCAACGGCUCCCUAAGCUGGAAGCCAAGUGAGAAACCCGUGUGCCUCCAAGAAGCCACAGAUUGCCUUGCACCUGUUGUUGAAGAUGCAGAGGUUCAUAACAAGACAUACGGGACUGGAGAUAAAUUAAUAAUCAGCUGUCAUGAAGGAUUCCAGAUCCGUUACCCUGAUUUAGACAACAUGGUUUCAGUGUGUCAAGACGAUGGAACGUGGGAUAAUCUGCCCAUUUGUCAAGGUUGCCUGAGGCCAUUGGUUCUUCCUCAUAGUUACAUUAACAUAUCUGAGUUCGAGUCCUCCUUCCCAAUAGGAACUAUGAUAUAUUUCCAGUGCUUUCCUGGAUAUAAACUAGAGGGGACAGAGUUCCUUGAGUGCAUGUAUAACCUUAUCUGGUCAGAUAGCCCACCCAGGUGCCUUGAUGUGGAAGUUUGUCCACUACCUCCUAUGGUGACUCAUGGAGAUUACAUUUGCCACCCGCGGCCUUGCGAGCAUUACAACCAUGGGACUGUGGUUGAGUUCUAUUGUGAUCCUGGCUACACUCUCACCAAUGAUUACAAAUAUAUCACCUGCCAGUAUGGAGAAUGGUUUCCGUCAUAUCAAGUAUACUGUGUCAAAACAGAACAAACUUGGCCAAAUACACAAGAAACUCUACUGACAACAUGGAAGAUUGUGGCAUUCACAGCCACCAGUGUUCUUCUAGUGCUUCUGUUAGUUAUCCUUGCCAGAAUGUUCCAGACCAAAUUUAAGGCACGUUUUCUUCCAAGAGGAGCUCAGGAGAAUUGCAGCAGUGGCCCCGACUUUGUGGUGGUGGACGGUGUUCCUGUGAUGCUACCUUCCUACGAUGAAGCUGUGAGCAGUGGAUUGAAUGCCUUGGCACCUGGAUGUGUGUCCCCUGCUGGCCAGGGGUAUGUUUUACAGGCCGAUGAUCAGAACCCUCCAGCUUAUCCAGGGCCAGAUGACUUGGGCAGGUUGCCAGCGGAAUUUGAUACCUGUGACAGCAUUUCAGGCUCUUCAGAACUUCUUCAAAGUUUGUACACAUCUUCUGUGUGUCAAGUGGGAGCACAUCCUAUCUCAGAGAGAACUGAUGCUAUCAACAGCACCACCGGGGAAGUAGCAUCAACCAGCCCAAGCAUUGACAUUGCAGAUGAAAUACCAUUGAUGGAUGAAGACCCUUAACCUGCACAAAUCUUGAUCAUUACCUGCUCACACCUCUUGAGGGGGGGAGGAGGGCGUAAAAGAAUCAUGCACAUAUGUAUACAAACAUACCUAUAUAUCUAUAUAAAUCUCUAUAUAAAGACUGACUAAAUGUCGGGGGAGGGCAUUUUCGGUUUUUAUAAAUCUUCCACAUUAUGAUGUCACCAGAUUUUUUUGUGUGUGCACAUAUCUUAAUCAACUUUGGGGGUUGAGAGCAUCAGCUAUUCAACGGCAGCUUUACAAAAUGAAUCCUGAGGAUUUGAUGAGACUAGUCACUGCAAAAGAACUAUAGAUUUAUGGAAUUGUGAUGAGUGUAUCUGCAUCGCAGGAAGUCUUAACUGCUCUUUAGAAACACCAGUGUGAGUGGUUUGUGGCACAGGUACAAACUGCCUAAAGAAAGCAUGUCAGAGGAUGUGAAUUUUGCUUUAUUGAAGCUGCUAAAUAUUUAUGAUGGACCACAAUUUACAAAGGAAUCCUAAUUUAUGGGUUGCGGGGAAAUAAACAGUGUUGAAAUUAAAAUUGGGAAAACGUCA